UCUCUACAUAAUCACCGUGUCUUAAUACCCCUCGUCUCCAUCGCUUCCGCCACCACCGCAGCGGCGGCGGCGGCGAUUCCGGCGAGCCCCUCUCCUCCCGCCUCCGGCCAGUACGCUCCCACCGCGGCGGCCACGGGGAACGGCACGAGCUCCCGCGGCAGGGCGAUGGCCGCCGCCCGCUUCGCCGGUGUCCCUCGCCGCGCGGCGCAGUCGUCGUCGUCGUCGUCCCAGGCGCCCCUCGACGAGCCGCCUCCGCCGGCGCUGACGCCCGAGCAGGUCGGUCUAUGCAGGGAGGCGCUCGAGUACUUCGAGGGGAUGUGUGGCCGGCCGGAAGCCAUGUCCGACGAGUUCAGGAGACUCCAGGACACGAGACACGAGCUGAUGAGAAGUUCUAAUGAAGCUCGUAAUGCUGCAAAUAGGGAGAAAAACCGCUAUAUUGAUGUCGUACCAUUUGAUACUACCAGGGUAAGGCUAAAACGAUCAACCACCAGUCAGACUUCAAGCAAUGAUUAUAUCAAUGCAAGCUUUAUAAAGGUCACUGAGGACAACAGAGUUGCAAAAUUUAUUUCCACUCAAGGUCCACUAGCCAAGACAUUUGAUGAUUUCUGGGAAAUGGUCUAUGAAUAUCAAUGUCCUGUUAUUGUUAUGCUCACACAAUUCGACAGUCUUAAGUGUGAUGAAUAUCUUCCAUUACGCAAGCAACGUGAAGCGUAUGGAAAGUACAAUGUUAAGAUUACAAAUGCCAAAAGAGAUAGCCAUCAGUUAUGGUUGCGUGAUGUGAUGGUGCAAUGCAACGAGUCAAGCAGGGUUCAUUCUGUACGCCAUAUAGAAUAUCCUGAUUGGCCUGAUCAUGGAGUUCCAACUAAUACUGAUGCUGUAAGACAAAUUCGAAAAUGGUUACAAAAUACUCCGAUGGAGCAUCCUAUAGUUGUACACUGCAGUGCGGGCAUUGGAAGAACCGGUGCUUACAUAACUAUCCAUAGUACAAUUGAGAGACUUCUCCUUGGUGAUAAAAGCUCAUAUCAUCUUGAUGAAACUGUCAAAACUUUGAGAACCCAACGAGUUGGAAUGGUCCAAACUGAGAAACAAUACAUGUUCUGCUAUCGUGCAAUUGCUGAUGAGCUGAAAGAUCUUUUGGAGUCUAACCGCUGAGGUAUCCCUAAGGCAGGAAUUAUGGACAUGUCUGUUUAUCUCACCCUUAAAUUCCUAUAAUCUGAAUGAAUGCCUGAUUGGAGCACACCAUUUCUGCAUUGACUGAACCGUUUGAAGCUUAGCACUUUUAUUUUGGGUGCACGAUUACUUCUGAAUAGAUUUGACUGCAUCAGUACCGCCAUGUCACUUUCAUUUCAUUACCUCUAAAUUGUUGUUAUUGCUGCUCUCACGGAAUUAAAGAGAGUUAGUAGGUUUAGAACUAUUGGUGGCAUUGUGCCUGUACUUAUUGUGCAGCGAAGAAUGGUUCAUUGCUUGGAUUUUAACGGAAUCA